GCGUGGCAAAAGAGCAAAUCUGUUGAUCUAAACUCUGCAUUCACAUGAGUUUCAUCAUGCAUCUUUCUCGUCUCUCGAGAAAGAGAGAUACGGAAGAAUAAGUUUCAUCAUGCUCUGGCAUCAGAGGAUUGUUGAACAAUUUUUUUAAUGAUCUCAAGCUCCGAGUCUUGAUGUUCAAUUUAGGAGAACUUUAAGAAGGAGAAAGGGGAAACAAAAAAGAAGAAGAAAAAAAAUAAAUUUCCCCUUAAAUAAUAAUAAUAAUAAGUUGGUGCUUAUAAUAAGUUUUUCUGAUCUAUUAUGCAGGAGGAGGAGGAGGAGGAUGACACACAGAAGCAUCUUCAAGUGGAGGCUGUUGAGAAUAGCAGGAGCAAAAAUUGUUGGGACUGUGCUACAGCUUUUCCGAAUGCAGAGGCGAUCGAAGCCCAUAUGUCCGUCCUAAAUAGCAGUAGCAGAAGAAGCAUCAGCUUCCCUUUGAAAGCUUCAAGCUCAUCCGGAACUGACUUACUAGGAGAGACGCCCUAUCAUCAACCGCCAAUUUAUUCUUGCAUUACUUAUCCAUCUCUGCCUGUUGAUACAGAAGCACCUUUAAUCGCCUCUCCACUGAUGAAUCAUGUUUUUGUGAACCGAGAUCGAGAUGAGACUAAAAGCAUGGCGGCGGCUGCCGAGAUUAGCACUAGAAACAAAACGCAAGUGUAUGUCGCUUCGUCUGAACCCGAUUUUCCCUUUCUCCUCUUUUCAUUCCAUUCUAUCGUGUAUCAGGAAAAAACCGACUGGGAAAGACGACAGCCAGCAGUGCUCUUGUAAGAAGUCCAACUGCUUGAAACUCUACUGUGACUGCUUUGCAUCAGGAUCAUUUUGUGCGGAAGCUUGUCGAUGCAAUGAUUGCUAUAAUAAAUAUGAAUAUGAAGAAAUAGUGAGCGAGUCGAAAGAACGGAUACAAUCUCGCACGCCCAAUGCAUUUUCUCCUAAGAUUAUCCGGCAUGAUAGUAGGAAUAUGAUAACGACCUCUAGCAGGCACCGAGUAGGAUGCAACUGCAGGAAGUCCAUGUGCAUGAAAAAUUACUGCGAAUGCUUUAAGGCUCAUGUUGGAUGCUCCUCUGUAUGCCGAUGUGAAGACUGUAAGAAUACUUUCGGCGCUAAAAAUGCAAGUGGUGAAAUUGGUGAAAUGAAAGGGGAAUCAGAAACAGUUAAGGUCAAGAGUGACAUGACAAAACCUGAGCAAUGCCAUACAGGCUUCUCCUGUUUGACUCCAUGUAUCCAAAGCUCAAUUCAAAAUGAGCCUAAUCCAUCAGUGGCACCAGGUACAUCUGUUUUAUCAUCUUAUACAGAUUCCUGGAACUCUCCAAUUGAUUCAACAAGCAGAACUAGUUUCGUGAAAGCAGGACAAGGAACUCAAACUUUUAGCUCCCAUUAUCAGGCAUCAGGCAGUCAUGAUGCAGAGAAUUUUGGUUCAUUCUUACCCCACUGUGAUCACUCUGGCAGAAACGUAUUCGGUCCUUCGUCAAAUUCCAAUCUUUUACAGAUGAAUGUAAUUCAAGGAAGAGAUCACUUGUCAGUUAAUUCGCUUCCUCUCACUGGUGAAAGCUCUAACGAAUUAGACUCGGAUUCAAAUUGUGGACCCUGCAACAAUCUAGAACACAAUUAUGAUAUCCUGAAGGAUUCUUCUUCAAAUAUUAAGCCAGUGAAAACGAGCUGAUCCAACCAAGAGUCAUUAUCUCCAUCACACAAAAACAUUCAGGAGACACAGUCGACCGUGUCCCCCAGAUGAAGCAGUUGAAGAUGCUCAUCUAUCACAUGCCUCCAUUUCCUUAUUGAACUCCUUCCAGUAGUAGUAGGCAGCAAGUCAGUAACAUUUGUU